AACGAGAUGGACACUCCACCGGUUUCCGGUUCGGAUUCUGAGUCUGAAGAUUCUUUUGUCACAGACAGAGAGCUUCAGGAUGCGUUUUCGCGAGGGCUUCUCAAGCCAGGCCUCAAUGUCGUGCUAGAGGGGCCGAAGAAGGCAACUAACGACGUGACUGGCCUGAAGCAGUGCUUGGCAGAAUUCAAGCGCGAUCUGGAAUGGGUUGAGAGGCUUGAUGUGACCCUGGGUCCGGUGCCAGAAAUCAAUGGAACUCAACCAACACCUCAGAACCAGGAUCAGAAAGCUAUUAACCCAGAAGAUGACUUCCAACGAGAGAUGAACUUCUACCGUCAGGCCCAGGCUGCAGUACUUGCAGUGUUACCUCGCCUCCAUCAGCUCAAAGUCCCUACAAAGCGACCUACUGAUUAUUUUGCAGAGAUGGCUAAGUCUGACCAGCAAAUGCAGAAGAUUCGACAGAAGCUGCAGGCUAAACAGGCCGCUAUGGAAAAGUCUGAAAAAGCUAAACAACUACGAGCACUUAGGAAAUAUGGAAAGAAGGUACAAACAGAGGUUCUUCAGAAGAGGCAGCGGGAGAAAGCACAUAUGAUGGACGCCAUUAAAAAGUAUCAGAAAGGCUUCUCUGAUAAACUGGAUUUUCUUGAGGGAGAUCAGAAACCCAUUGCUCAAGGCACAAAGGAAAAAGCUAAAGGCCAGCAGAUGAAAAAGGGGCCCAGUGCCAAACGACGGUAUAAAAACCAGAAGUUCGGUUUUGGUGGAAAGAAGAAAGGCUCCAAGUGGAACACUCGAGAGAGCCAUGAUGAUGUGUCCAGCUUCCGGGCCAAGACAGCUCAUGCCAAAGGUCCUGGGAGGCCUGCAAAGAAAAGAGCAAAUAAGAGACCUGGGAAACGAACAAGAGAGAAAAUGAAGAACAGGACACGUUAA